GCUAGGGGUUAAAUAGACACGAGUUUAGUAGGAAGAUAAGGUAGUAAGCAAGAAGGUUGAGCAAGAGAGAUAAAAAUUGGCGUUGAAAAAGAAGAUGGAAUCGAAAAGGCUGGAAAUGUUUGAAGUUGGUCCGUGCAAAGAUGGAUUUGAGAUGGGUUUUCUGAUCGGUGAAAGAUUCUCGAGCAUGAUCAAAAGCAGGCUUGAAAACGAUGUAAUUCUGCAGAAGCAGAUGCUCCCAUUUGCAGAGUCUCCACAUUCAAACCCACUCCUCACAUCCCUCUCCCAAACCAAUAAGAAAAAGUACCCCAUCUACUGGGAUGAGCUCAAAGGAACUGCUCAAGGAAGCGGCGCACCCUUCCUCCACAUAAUGCUGCUCAAUUUCCGGAAAGAGAUACUCCCCUUUAUUCCCAAGGCGGAUGCUACCAAUGAUGACUGCACUGACAUUCUUGUUGUUGCUGAAUCCAUGGCUGUGGCAGCCCACAACGAGGACGCCAACGUCGCCCUGCUCGGGCAUACUUACUUGAUUAAGGGGAAUCUGGAAAGUGGAGCAUCCUUCACUGCUUACACCUAUGCAGGCGAGCUCCCCACCUGUGCUUUCGGCUUCAAUACUCAUGGACUGGCUUUUACGCUGAAUUCAGUCCCGCCUACGAGGCACGAGAUUGCAGCAGGAGGGAUUGGAAGGAACUUCAUCUCGAGGGACUUGCUCCAAGCACAAAACUUAGAUGAUGCCUUGGCAAGGCUUUAUACUUCAGAAGCUUCUGUGGGGCAUAGCUACAAUCUGAUCGAUGUCAACACACGGAGGAUUUUGAAUGUAGAAACAGCGUCAAGAAAUCGCUGCUCGGUUCAUGAAGUAGGAUCACUGCCAUUCUUCCAUGCCAAUACGUACCUUCACCUUCAAGUUCAGCAGGAACAAGAUGAUAACUCAUUGAGCAGACAAAAAAGAGCCACUGUGCUGCCCACGGGAUCGACAAGUGACUUUCUCGCUCUCCUUGGGGACAACGACGACACAAAAUAUCCUAUUUACAUGACAGGUCCAUUACUUCACACCUUAUGCACAGUUGUGGUAGAUUUGGAUAGAAAAACUCUUUCGAUUAUAGAAGGGAACCCCAAGGAAAGAGAAGCCUCAUUUGUCUUCCCCAUGUCAUGAUCAAAUGAUGGAGGCUGGAGUCCUUUUCCUUCACACAUGUACUAAACCUGGCUUACCGGAGACCAUGGACUUCUUCUAUCGACUAAGUAGGCUCAAAUACUACAUUAGAUCCAUUUUCAGUAACAAAUAACUGUCUGAAUAUUUUAGAAAGCAAAUGCUAUCAGUUUUUGAGUAAUCAAAUGACAAUACAUUGUAUUAUGUGUAUGCUUAGCUAAUGCAAUCAUGAUGUACGUCUCUAAAGACA